CUUCUUUUUGAAGCGUGAUUUGCAGACGCAAAUGUUACGAAGAACUACAAAGAGUGAAGCUGUUCCUUCUUGUAUUUUCCUGCUGCUAUGAGCGUGAUCUCAGUCACGUUUUCACUAUACGGUCUUUUCAAGCUCCGCCUUUUUACAACGAUCAUUAAAGGAAGCGCAGGAAGACGCACUCAAACGCACCUCAUGAAAAAGAGAUUUUCAUGUAAUCAGGCUAAAGUUGCUUAUCUAGUGUAAAGCGUUAGAGUUUCUGAGUCAGUUUCUGCACGGUCUUCUCGAUAGCUACGAUUAGCAUUAUUGAUCUGUUUAUAUUAAUCCCCGUUUACGGUGCUGCUGGGUCUCCUCUCCCAAACAUUCCGGUUCAGCGGGUGUCCGGGAGAAGCGGAGAGAAUUGUAGGAAUUCGCAGCUCCGGGCGGCGCCGGGUUGAAAAAUAAACGCUCCACCGAUACGCUCCCUUGGUGAAUGAGGGCGGAGUCAGUCUACAGAGGGGUGUAACCGCUGAGAGGGGCUUCCACUCCACUGAAGGAGAAAGGCUUGGUUCGAACCCGCUGCCAACAAGGAAGCGAACAGCUGGGACAACACCGAGGAGCGACUGCAUCAUUUUUUUUUUUUAUCCACCCAAACUAACGGGAUUCUUUUCAUUUUUAUUGGCGGGUUUCUCUAUUGUAAGGUGAGCAGGUCAACAUGUCUUCCAUGGACUUGGAGAAGCUGAAGAUGACGGGAGCAGGUCGGGCUAUAGCGGUGCUGACCAGCGGUGGAGAUGCACAAGGUAUGAACGCCGCUGUCCGAGCCGUGACCAGAAUGGGCAUCUAUGUCGGGGCCAAGGUCUAUCUCAUCAAUGAGGGAUAUCAAGGCUUGGUGGAUGGAGGAGAGAACAUAAAGCUGGCACACUGGCACAGUGUGACCAACAUUAUCCAGCUGGGUGGCACGGUGAUCGGGAGCGCUCGCUGCAAGGCCUUCCAGACGCGCGAGGGCCGCAUCGCCGCCGCCUUCAACCUGGUGAAGAAAGGCAUCACCAACCUGUGUGUGUGCGGUGGAGACGGCAGCCUCACCGGAGCCAACGUCUUCCGCAGUGAGUGGAGCGGCCUGCUGGAUGAGCUCGUACAGAAAGGAAGGAUCACGGACAAGAUGGCGAAGCAGCACAACAAUCUGAACAUCGUCGGACUUGUGGGAUCAAUAGACAAUGAUUUCUGCGGCACUGACAUGACCAUCGGCGCUGACUCUGCGCUGCAUCGCAUCAUGGAAAUAGUCGACGCCAUCAUGACCACUGCAAACAGCCACCAGCGCACUUUUGUUCUUGAAGUCAUGGGCCGCCACUGUGGGUAUCUGGCCCUCGUGUCGGCUUUAGCAUCAGGAGCAGACUGGCUCUUCAUUCCAGAGGCUCCUCCGCUUGAGGGCUGGGAGGAUCUCAUGUGCGCUCGUCUGGAAAAAAGCCGAAACAAGGGGUCCAGACUCAACAUUAUAAUUGUUGCAGAGGGAGCCAUUGACUCAAAUGGAAAGCCUAUCUCCUCAACUUACAUAAAAGAUCUGGUGGUGAAGAGGCUGGGCUACGACACCAGAGUGACGGUGCUCGGCCACGUCCAGCGAGGAGGAACUCCGUCUGCGUUCGACAGGAUACUGAGCACCAAGCUGGGAGUGGAGGCAGUAAUUGCCCUAAUCGAGGCCUCUCCUGACACUCCAGCCUGUGUCAUCGGUCUCUCUGGCAACCAUGCAGUCCGUCUGCCUCUCAUGGAGUGUGUGGACAUGACCAAGUUGGUGCAGAAAGCCAUGAAUGAAAGGAGGUUUGAUGAAGCGGUUAAACUGCGUGGAGGGAGUUUUGAGAACAACUUGAAUAUUUACAAGCUCCUGGCCUUCCCAAAGCCUGCUGUUACUGAGAGCAAUCACUCUGUGGCUAUUCUGAACGUCGGCGCUCCAGCUGGAGGCAUGAAUGCAGCAGUCAGGUCAGCCGUGAGAGUUGCACUUGCUCAAGGACACAAGGUCUACGGUGUGCAUGACGGCUUUGAAGGACUCGCCAACGGAUUGAUAUUUGAAAUGGAGUGGAACAACGUGGCCGGAUGGACGGGACAAGGAGGAUCACUCCUGGGGACAAAGCGAACCCUUCCUGCUAAUUUCAUGGAGAAAAUUGUUGAGAACAUUGGCAGGUUUGGCAUCUCAGCUCUGCUUGUAAUUGGAGGAUUUGAGGGAUACGAAGGUGUGCAGCAGCUGUAUGAAGCCAGGGGUCACUUCGAUGAACUCUGCAUCCCCAUGUGUGUUGUCCCGGCAACCAUCAGCAACAACGUCCCAGGAACGGACUUCAGUCUGGGAGCAGACACGGCUGUUAACGCCGCCAUGGAGGGAUGUGACAAGAUUAAGCAGUCUGCCUCUGGGACGAAGAGACGAGUGUUUGUAGUGGAGACGAUGGGAGGAUUCUGUGGUUAUCUGGCCACUUCCACUGCUAUCGCGGUCGGUGCUGAUGCUGCUUAUAUAUUCGAAGAGCAUUUUAACAUCCAUGACCUCAAGACUAAUGUUGAGCAUUUGGCUGAAAAGAUGAAGAAGGACAUCCAGCGGGGUCUGGUACUAAGGAAUGAAAACUGUCACAAGAACUACACUACAGACUUUAUUUAUAGGCUGUAUUCAGAGGAAGGAAAGGGCGUUUUUGACUGUAGAGUGAAUGUGUUGGGACACCUCCAGCAGGGAGGAGCACCUUCCCCCUUCGAUAGGAACUUUGGCACCAAGUUGGGUGUGAAGGCAACCCAGUGGAUCUCCGAGAAGUUGACUGAAAACUUCCGACAAGGCCGCGUGUUCUCCAACUCCCCAGAAACAGCGUGUGUGCUUGGCCUGAACAGGAAGGUCAUCUCAUUCAUUCCUGUAACUGACCUGAAGGCCAGCACUGACUUUGAGCACCGGAUGCCCACGGUUCAGUGGUGGUUCAACCUGAGACCGAUGCUGAAGAUGCUGGCCAGGUAUCAAACCAAUUUUGUUGAAUACGUCCCUGGAGAGAUGGAACAUGUGACUCGACGCUCCAUCAGCAUUGAUGCUGGAUACUAAAAGCUCCCUGAGGCAAAACUUCUGAAUGCAGUUUUUAACCCUUAUCUCUCCAUCCGUUGUCCCAUUUUCACUCAUGAGUGAGGUGUUUUGGUGCUCUCCCUCAUAAACCUAUCUAGAGUGCCCUAGUGGAAAAUAAUUCCUAUUUGCAUAUGAAAUUUGCACUGGACUAACAUCCAUAUUUUUUUCUCCAGUUGAAUUCCUCCUGCUUUAACGUUACCUAAGAAACAAGAGCUCUCUUAUUCUCCUGUCAUACACUUAGAUUUUUGUGUUAAGCUGCUGUCAUGCCUAUUAGCUUACCUUGCAUGUGGGGUUAUUUAAUACUUUUUUAUGUAGAUUAAAGAGUGAAAAGAUGAGGCAAAUAUGUUUAUUGGAAAUGUGCCCCUGUGAUGAUUGUGUAAAAUGAACAGUGUGCUUCUCUGUCAGAACAGAACGAGUUGAUUUACGCGAAAGCUAAAUGAUCAGUUCACCAUCCCAGGCUUAAAGAUUAAUGCUACGAGUAGCCCAAGUGGUAAAAUAAUUAUUAGGUGAAUUAUUUGGAAAUUAAAGUCAGGUGCUCUGCCAUGGCAGAUGCUGAGGUGAGUGAAUUUACGCAGACAAAGCAAGCCACUGAAUUUAAGUAAGAUUAUCACAAUGUGACUGCAAUAUUUGAGUAGCAUUCAUGUAAAUAAUGUUGCAGUGGAGCAUAUUUACAGUAGAUAUGAUGUCUCUGCAUUAGCGUGACUGAAGUAUAAGAUGUUUUCUAUUAUUUAGUGUAUGCCUGUAACUGCAGAUGUCCUGAGAAUCAAGUUCCUGUUUCUAUAAAGUUCAGGCCGUACCCUCUAAAGCUCAGGCACCUUACUGUUGGAUGAAAAUGGGACUAUGUUUCUUAAAAACGUUUUUAGUACCUCUAAUCAGUGUAAUACUAACUAUUUAAGAUCAAGUAACAUAAUUUCCAGUAUUCAUUUUUUAACGGACACAUUUAAUACAGAGAAAUUUUGUACUUUCUCCAAGGUGCUUGUAAGGAUUCUUUCUACUCAAAUUGCUGCUGUAGAACAGACAACCAGAUGUGCCACCAAACCAAAGUUUUCCAGAACAUUUAUUGAAUAUCAUGCAUUACAACAAAUGAAUGUAGAUGCUGCAGUAUAAAUCUCUUGCUUUUAAAUCCACAUAUAGAAUAUGCUUACAUUCUGAGCCAUAAGAGAUAUAAGCAGGAGCCUUCAGUGAAAGAAAUAAUCCUAAAAAAUUUAGAAAUUUUAAGUUUUGUUUGUUUUAUCUGAAUAUUUUGUGUGGCUAAUGUGAUUGUAACUCAAGGGACUCUUAAGAUGUUCAAUUUCUGUUUUUUAUAUAUACAUGUUUAUGUGUCUUGUGUGGUCGUGUGACUGAAACAACAUAUCUAGUAUUAAUUCAAAAUGACAGAAUUUUAUGAACCUAUCAAACACUUUUAUACAAUGUAAAACAUGUAAACUUCACAACUACUGUACUUUAAAGAGAGGAAUCUAUAAAGAAAUAUAAACUUCUGAGGUGUUUAAGUACAGUACAGACCAAAAGUUUGGACAAAACUGUGUCCAAACUUUUGACCUGUACUGUAUAUAUUAAUGACAUAGAUAUAUAUAUCCAAGUAUGAUGCUAUAAUGUAUACAUUGUUGUGUGAUUAACCCAAAUGCGCCUUUAUAUCAACAGUUGAAUUCAAGAACUUAAAUCACUGCCAACUCAACAACAAAAGGAAAUAAACAGGAACUCCAUACACAAAA